CGAUGCUUAUUUAUUUUGGGCUCUGCCUGCGACUCCCUGCAGUGAUGCGCUCGUCGGUUGAACUUCGGCAGCCAACCGCCGGAUACAAAAAAAUAUGCGAAACAAUGGAAUGCGUGUACGUCGAUGUUGAAAUUGACACACAACGACCUUGCUGGACUAUCCGCUGGCUUGCGCGACUGGGAGGGGUCGAUAUUACCGGUUCCCAUCUAGUCGAAUGACUUUUUCCACAAUGCAGGCCGACAGCUCGUUACGAGCCAUAACUAACCGCCUGACCGUGACACCGGUCGAAGAUCUGCCUCGAAUAUGCGGCAUUCUCGCGAAUCAGCUUGCCAACUGUUCUCUCGAGUCACAUUUCUCCGAGUCCAAAGCGAACAAGUCGUCUGUUGUUACCCAUAAGCUAAAAACCCGAAUCAGCUCUCUGUUACAGGACAGGUCUGUAUCCGGUCGACUCAGUGCGGCGGUUCUUGUCAAGGCUGUCGUUGAAAAUGGCGGCCAGAUCGUGCUGCUCGGUUCUGAGAGCUGGGCCAGAGGUCUGCUUGGCUGUCUGAAUAAAGCAGACCCUGCUUCAGUGAAGGUGGUCUAUCUCAUGACGCUCACACGCAUCUUCGUUCUCACGCAAAACCAACCACAAUUGUUGCGAGAGAUUACAACACCGCUGCUCCCGCAAUUUAUUAAAACCUGCCUCGGCUUGAUCAAGCCUGUGGGGACUCAUAACGAUGUUCGUCCUAGUCAGGUCUCAAGCCCUCUCCUCGAUUGUGUUCUGAGCUGCUGGGCUCAGUUACUGCCUCAGCACGCAACCCUGUUCCGUCCGGAGGCCGGGCGUAUCCGAUCUGUCUGUUAUACUUUAUUAGGAGAUGAGGUGUCGUUGGCUUCGUCUAGGAAUGCGGCAGCAAGACUCCUAUGCCUAUUAUCGUCAUGUGCUCCGAAGAAUUCAUUUAGCCAGGAAUGGUCUCGAAUGGCCAUGGACAUCAUCAACAGCGCUCAAGAAACGGCAGAUGUUCUGUUUAGGGCAGUGGUUGAAGAAUAUGAAUCAAAUGAUUCUUCUCGGCAGAAGACAGUUGCCAAACAAGACUUUUCCGUGGAGGUCCGUGUCGAUGGAAAUGAUUCCAUAGGGUUGCAACCGUGGAAUGGCCUCUACUCAGGCUGUUUGAGACUGUCGACAUUGCUAAGUUUGCUUGCCACCUUCCUGUCAACACCUACGCCCCAACCUGUGGCUGUGCCUGUGGGUGCAAUAAUGGACCUGGUUGGACGCAUCACGGCGGUAACAGUCCCGCCGAACUUCGACUCCUUGAGAUACCACAGAGAUGCAAGCAAGGAGGAGAAGGAAGAGCUUCGACUGAUUCUCCCGUCACUUCACGUGGCCUGCCUGGAUUUAUUACACACAAUGUGCACCACAUAUGGGCAGGUUUUACUGUCUGCAUUUGGAGAUGUUGCAGCCCAGGCAGCCGGCUUGCUGCAGGCUUUGCCUUACCACGGCGGAGUUAGACGGGCUGUGUACGAUCUCUUCGGGGAUUUGUUGGAAAGGUCAUCUUCGAAAGACUUGGGCUUGUCUCGCGAAAGCUUUUCCGCCCUGGUUACCGAGUGUUGCCAUGAUUUGAAGCGAAGCAUUCCGGAUGUCAAUGCCGAGAGUGCAGUAACUGAUACAAUGGACGCAGCAUUGAAACCUAAAACUGCGCCAGCCGGACACAAUAAUCAGGGACAAUGGGCCACAGAUUCCAGAGUGCGUCGCGACUCCUGCAUCUAUGCAAGUGCUUGGAAUUUGCUACCGAAAAUCCUCCAACAUGGUGCUGUCCCCGUGAUAACGCGUCAAUUGAGGGUUGAAAUGGACCGAUUGGCAGUGUUACUCGACCACCGCCAAGCCAUGUUUGCCAGUGUGAUGCGACCGGUGCUGUCAAAAGGCGGCAAAGCAAGUAGUCCCAGUCUGCUGCCAUUCCUAGCCAGGUCUGCCGGUAAUGACCUCGCAAUCGAAGCGCUGCUCAGGCCUCGCAUGCCAGUGAUAUCGACGGGCGCACCUACUGAACUGAACACACCGGCCGCUCAACAGUCGACAGAUCAGGACUCGGGAAGCGAGGAAAGCGACGACGGCCAAGAGAGCGAUGUCUUGUCCCAAACAGACAACACUCCAGAAAAGCAUGACAGUAGCCCGCAUGAAGGAUCUGGGGAAACUGCAGGCAGCUCAAAAGAGGUUGAUGUCGUUGCGGGGGUGGAGGAUACUACAACCAGAAAGCGCACUCUUGUCGACAUUGAUGACACCACGGACACCAGUGCUGAUGUGCAGGAAGUUGCGGGAGAACGAGAAGCCAAACGCCUGCGCCCAGAGGAAGUCCUGGCCGACAUCUCAAGCCAGACAACUUCAGAGAAAAUUUCCGUGCAAGACGUGGUGAUGGAAGGAGAUGCUGCAGCCACAGCAAGCACUUCUUUGUUUCAUGGCGGUGCCCAAAACUCUUCAGGCUUUGCAACUGCAACUGAAACUAUUGUCCUAGGACCAUCUACGGCUCCGGUGGCUGUGCAGGAUGGGGAUGACAGUGACGAUUCUGAGAUUCCCACGAUUGAUGUUGGAUUUGAUACUGAUGAAGAGGAGGACGAGGAGGAAUAAGAUUGAUCUGAUGUGGGUAGAAAUCAUAAAACAACUUGAUGUGUUCAUCUACUAGUAGUUACCCUCGGACUGUUGUUCUUGCUUGAGGGAUUUGGGUCCAACGCCGAUAAUGCUCGGUGUCAGACUAAAAGCCCGGCAGAUGCUAUGUAGGAUGCGAAAAUUCCUCACGAAAACAAAAGUAAUUACCCUG